UUUCUUCAGAUACCAAAGAUGUUGAGAUUUACUCCCGGAAAGAAUGCCGACGCCGACGAAAUCGACGCUCUGAUGACACCUCCGUUUAAGGGUGAUAACUGGUUCCCGGUAGAGACGCCGACGACGACAGGAAGUGAAGAUCAGGACAUGUCCUUCACAGAGGUUUGUCGCAAACCUUUUGGCCGUUUUUUGUCGUUCGACGUCAAGAGAAGCUUGUUUGCAGGCAAGCGUUCGGCAGUGGAAGCAGACGAUUCUCCAACCGGAAAGAGAUUGCGCGAGGCAGAAACUGGGAUUAGCAGUGUUUCAUUAGAGGCACUUUGUCCGCGGUCAGAGAAUGUCGACAUUAAAGAUGUGGUUCACCGACUUUCUACCGACGAAGACGUUAUUGCCGACGGUUCACGUCCCUAUAUCCUGCCGACCAUCGCCGGUAAACACAGUGACUUGAAGUCCAUCUCUCCAGAAACGAUGAAUGACGUACUUUCGGGUUGCUAUGACGACAAGAUAGAUCACGUGACUGUCAUCGACUGCAGAUACCCGUAUGAGUUUGAUGGUGGUCACAUCAAACCUCACAUUAAUUUUAACUUCUUUAUUUGUUUUCAGGGUGCCAUCAACUUGUAUACACGGGCUGCCAUACAAGAGUUUCUCUUACGUCACAGUGGCUCUUUCACUUCCUCUAAGAAGCACGUGCUCGUCUUCCAUUGUGAGUUCUCAUCGGAAAGAGGCCCUAAAAUGUAUCGUCAUUUACGCAGCGAGGACCGCGCCAUGAAUAAAGACCACUACCCACGUCUCAACUUUCCGGAAGUUUACGUUCUUGAGGGAGGUUACAAGGCGUUCUUCUACAAGUUCAUGACACAGUGUUUGCCGCAGACGUACAAGCCUAUGUUACACAAGGACCAUGCUGCUGAUCUACGUCACUUCCGGGGAAAAUCGAAGUCGUGGACAGCCGGUGAGAGACCACAACUCAUGCGUACUACACUUCGCUUUUAGUGCUACAUAACCUGACUUCCACUCAGAUAUAGAUCUGGAGCAAAUCUGUGACAAACUGUGCAAUAUUUGUGUUUUGUGUUAAGAUUACGUCAGAAUAAGUUAGUGAAUAGACUGUGCAUGUGAAUAAACAAGACUGUUGAUGUAUAUUUUGUAUUUAUCCUUUUCCUCUUGUCUUUCCUAUUUCAUCUUCUCUAUUCCUCUUUUCUCAUUGCUUGUAUAGAAUAAAGAACAUUAAGUAUA